AUGUCUCCAGUUGAGGGGGAGGUGCACUGUUUGCUGUACAUUGUUGCCAACAGCGAGAGUGAAGUCACGCAGGAUGAAUUGAAGGAAAGACUUGAUUUUGCCAUUAAACUGAAGCCGGUCAUAUAUUCAAACAAAGGAGGAAAGACACUUUUCGAUUCGUCCAAGUCUCGACAGUACUCUCGGCGGGACUCUAACCCAUGA